AUGCAGCUCAAGACCGUCCUUCUCUCCGCCCUUCUGUCGGGCCUCCCGGCUACCCUCGCCAACCCCAUCAGCGAGGUCCGCGCCCCAGGCGAGCUCCAUAAGGACACCAAGCACGGCAACAACAAGGGUGGCAACGGCAAUGGUCACGGCAAUGGCCACGGGAAUGGAAAUGGCAACGGCAACGGCGACGUGUGGGUGGACCAGGGCCCUUGGUGGUCCGUGAGGGGAUUCUCUCGUCACUGGAACGAUACCACGAAGUCGGUCGAGCUCAGCUUUGCCAUCUGGGACUCGCGGGACAACACCGAGGUGGACUGCAACGUCAACGCCCCCAUACCCGACGGGCAGAACUACAAGUUCGCCGAGUUCCACUCGCAGCCCUGCUCCAAGAACGAUCCUCCCGGGGCUCAGAAGUGGCUGAUCUCCAUGGGUUACGUUGAGUAUUUCGAUGCGGGUAUCAUGAAUAUCUGCGAUUCCACUAUGGACGCCGAAGGUUCACUUCAAGCGUCGACUUGGUUCGAUUUUGAGGGCAUCAACAGGCCUAAGGAACACGGGUUCCGUAACAUCGAGAGAGUUCCUGUCGGGUUCACCGAUUUUGGUUGUGUGUACAACGAGAGCCCUUACCCUUUGUAA